AUGACAAGAGAGGAACAAGAAGAUAUACAAGUCAGACUCCCAACAACAACAACAAAAAUAGCGUCAACUAAAAAGAAUUUAAAGAUACAGCAGCAGCAGCAACAGCAGCAACAGCCACAACAGUCAACUGAUAAAAUGACAGGAGGAGUGGAAAUAGCCACAUCACAACAUACCCACCCCCAUGGGCACCAUAGCCAUAGUCAUAGCCAUCAUCAUGGAGGUGGAUACCAAGACUGGUACCAUUCUAAUGGUGGUGUAGCCUAUUCUAACCAUGGUGCUGGUUCCUAUAAUAUCCAACAUGGAGAACACUCUGGUAGCAGCAUCCCAUACAACACACCUACAGUCAUUGGAUUCGAUAUCCAGCAACCGUUACCACCUAUUCCAGGCGCCGCCAACCAACAUGUUGGUGGUCACCACCCAUCACACUCUUCGCACCACCAUAAUAUACAUCAUCACCAUCAUCAGAGCAGCUCACCUGUUGAGAUUGCCGGUGCCUAUAUGAUCAACAUGCCGCCAUCUUCGUCAGACUAUCCAUCAGCCCAACAAGUCCAAUAUGAGAUGAGCUACGCCCAACCUUUUAGCGACCCCCAUUCACCUAUUAGCGCCGGCCAACACUAUUCGUCACCCGACCAAGCCAACUCGUACUACAACCAGUCUACCCCUGCCUCACCCAAGGACUACCAAGGUCACGGUGGAUACCAACCCAGCAGCGGCUACAGCCCAUACUCUGAUGAACACAAGUUACAGAUCCAUCCAACAUCGACCACCUCUACGUCUACCAACACUGCCAACAUCACUCAAUCUGGUAUCAGUCCAAGUUACGAAGGGUCAGAUAGCUCCAACGACGAUCUCGACUGCAAAGAACCCAACAAGAAGCGUGUCCGUGAGACUAUUGAUAUCUCUGGUCAAUCGAUUCUCACCAAAGACCAAGUACUCCAAUUGUCAAGCAGAGAGAUUGAAGAGUAUGUCUACCGUCUCAAACAAACUCAUAUUCUCACACCGGCCCAAGAAAAGGAUUUGAAAAAGUUCCGUCGUCUCAUCAAAAACAGAGAAUACGCCUCACAAUCACGUGACCGAAAGAAACUCUAUGUCAAUCAAGUCGUCGAUCAACUUGAAAAGUCUGAAUUAGACUCUAGACAAUUAAAGUCACAAUUAUUGGCAGCUCAAGCCGAGGUUCGUGAACUCAAAAAGCAACUUGAAAUGGUCAAUCAAACCAUUCACAAUAAUCCAUCACUCCUAGAAAUAUUUGGUAAAUUCUUUACUUUUGGUGGUAGUUCUUCAACGGUUGCUCCAACUCAAGACAAGACCACCACCACCACCACCACUACUACUUCAUCUGAAAGUGGUACCACUAAAAAGGCAUCAUCGGUUGCCUUGUUUGUAUUUUUCUGUAUAUUUACUUUUACCUUUUUAUUACCUGUUCAACCACCAACUAUUUCAACAACUAUUACCAAAGGUAAAACAUUUGUUGGACCAAGAAGUUUAUUACAAGAUGAUAUUCCAAUUCAAAUUGAAGUUAGUGGUGGUGAAAAGGGAAUCAGUUAUUGGACACAAACCAAAAAUUGGAUUUCUAAUCUAUUCCCAUCGUCGUCACCUACCAUCACAUCAUCAACUUAUUCAACUAAAUUGGUUGAAGAGUUGGAACAAUCUAAUCAUCAACAACAACAACAACAACAAGAAGAAGAAGAUCAACAAGUGCCACUACAAGUAGAAGAAGUAGAGGAAGAAGUAGAAGAUACAUUUUUAAUUUCAAACUCUCCAAUUGUUUAUUGA